AUGGCCGAUUUUGGAGAGAUCCUAAGGAAUAUUGGGGAGUUCGGAACCUUCCAGAAGCUCCUCAUCUGUGCAGUUUCCUUCCCAAGUAUCACAUUUACUUUGGAAGGCGCUUGCAUACUUUUUAUCCAGUCAGAUCCAAAUCGGCACUGCAACACGGACUGGAUCCUUAAGGCUGACGCUAACCUGACCUUGCAGGAGCAGCUGAACCUGACCAUUCCUCUGGAGCAGGAUGGUUCCUUCAGCAGGUGUCGCAUGUUUGCUCCGGUGGACUGGGACAUCGGAGCCAUCAGGGAGCACGGACUCAAUGAGACCACGGUGUGCCAGAAUGGUUGGGAGUACGAGAGGUCACUUUAUACAGCCACCAUAAUCACUGAUUUUGAUCUCGUAUGUGACCGUGCUCACUUACCGCAAGUGGCGCAAUCAGUGACAAUGUUGGGCGUUCUGCUUGGUGCUCUCUUAUUUGGACCCUUUGCUGGUCGUAAACGAGCAGCUCAAAUUGCUUUGGUUAUAAACUUCAUUUUUAUUGUACCAAACUACUGGCAAUUUCGACUCUCACAGUUUUUGAUGGGCGCUGGCGGCUCAGGUGUUCGGCUGAACGGCAUUACGUUGGAUAAACUCGUCCAUCCUGUCUUCGAGAGAGCGGACGCUAGCCAGCAGCAGGCUCGGCAGCGGUGGCCGAGUCGCUACAGCCUUUAG